AUGAUGGUAGAAACAAGAUGUCAUUCUUUCGAGGAAGCCUCUCCAGCAGAUCACCACAGAAUUCCCUCCUUUGCGCGUUUUCGGUCCAGCUCUUCAAGGGAGAGCGAAGCUAUCCCAAUAUCUGAGUCUGCUACCUACUUCUUGCCAUUCUUUGAGUCGCCCGCUCCUCAAAAGCCUAACGCCAAGCCGCGCGUGUUUGCUCGUUCCAAAGAGAACCGAAUCUCAUCCCCAGAAAGAGGACGCUAUAGAUUGAGAGCUGCGACAAGCCCACCGAGCUCCAGAAGCCCGCUGCGAAGGACACUGUCCCCUGAUCGAUUCAUCCCAAGACGGGAUUUUGUGGUACCAAAAUCAGCAACCUUUCUUGUAACCAAGCUACCAGAGCACCUUUCGCCUCAAGAAAGACUCUUCCGGCGACUGACACCCGGCGACGACCCAUUCCUUCCAGCAGAAUCUUCUACAAACUCUACUCGUGUCCGGCCGGCUAGCUUUCAGUGGAUACCACGCCAGCGGCCUCAUCUGAUCACUGACAUUACCAACUUCAAUUCUCAUGGCAGCACUACUCAAACAAGCAAUGAUACAAUUUGGAGUGUUGGUGGAGCUUCCGCAGCAAAUGGAACUCCCCAUUCCAUGACUAGCAAUGGCACGCCAAACUCUUUGAGCCAUCAAUCAGCCGCUCCAACCUUUGUGGCUCGCUUCAUGCCCAAGAAACCAAAAUACAGCGAACAUGCGAUUCAUGAGUCUAGACUAGCGCUUGCUUUAGAUAUCGACCAAACCAACAGAUUGCUUGGCACUUCUUUACCAUGUCCUGAUCCUCCUCUCAAUCCCAUAUCUCCGAACUUCGAGCGCCUCUCUCCAUUCGUCUGGAAAGAUAGUGCAUGGAAGAAGGUUGAAAGAGAGCAUUGGCCAAAAGCUCGCGCUACAAAGGAGAUCGUCCCACCGAAGCCAUUUCGAAUCCUAGAUGCUCCGUUUCUUCGGGAUGACUUCUACUGCAGCACGCUUGCAUACUCGAGUAUAUCGGGAAUCUUGGCAGUGGGUCUUUGCCAUAAUGUCUACCUCUGGUCCGAAGGCCGUGGGGUUGACUAUCCACCUUUUCAGGAUGUGCAUCUGUCAAAUUAUGUAACUUCAUUGUCAUUUUCAUCAGAUGAUGGCAGAAGAAGCAUACUUGCAGUGGCUCGUCGGUCUGGUCAAUUGACACUAUGGAGCACUUUCGAAAAGCAUGUUCGGUUCGAGAUCAGCCAUCCCAACAGCAUCACCUGUGUCGCUUUCAAACCCAAGACAUCUCGCCGGUACUCCGAACGAAUGACUCAUAUGGAAGUCGAGGUAGAAGAACUUGUUGCAGGCGAUGAAUUGGGAAACAUUUGGUACUACUCGGUUGAAUGGAAUGGCGAAGAUGACCGAGUCAAAUGGCAAUGGAACGGAUCCAUGACACUACUUGCCAAAAUAUGUGCGCACACUCAGCAAAUUUGCGGUAUGGCAUGGUCACCCGAUUUGAAAUACCUUGCUACAGGCGGGAACGACAACGUUUGUCUGCUCUUCGAGAUGUGCAAGAUUAUUCCAUCACAGCCGAUAAUCUUACCCCUCGUGUCAAAUUCCUCGUCCAGUCUCAGCCUGGGCGCCUUCCCAUAUCAUGCCAUAGGCACUAUGACUAGGCGACUGUUCCAUCGACGGGCUGCCUUGGGACAACCGAUCCCAUCGUGGGUUGGUCCCCCUCCAAUCCGACCGCCAUCCUCAACUCCGCUGCUAAGCCACGCAGGAACCCUGAUAUCCGGCGGUGGAAGAACAAUUCUAUCAAAGCGAUCGCAUUCGCUCCAUGGCAAUCAUCUCUUCUCGCUACGGGGGGGCGGCACCAACGACAGAAAUAUCCACUUCUAUCACACCCGCAGUGGAGCUUGUCUGGCAACAAUCCACGUCUUCGCUCAAGUGACGAGCCUCAUCUGGAGCGAGACCCGGCGCGAGAUCGCAGCUACUUUUGGAUACGCACAGCCAGAUCAUCCAUUUCGAAUUGCUGUCUUCGCUUGGCCAAGCUGUGCUCAAGUCGCCGUCGUUCCUUGGGGACCACAUGGUGUUAGCUGGGAUGGGUUGGAACAUCACGUUGGUGCUGACUGCGGAAGAGCCUUGUGUGCAAUUCGCUAUUCGGGCAAACUCCCUCGCUCCAUGGGUGUCAUCUCGCCCAGACCAGACCCGUCGCGUGCAUCUUUGUCUCGCACGAGCUCAGCUACCGUGACUCUCCCCCAGAGCGAGGCUACAAGUAGUACCGUUCGGGGAACCCUCACAAGAAUGGUGACGCCCAAGGAGAAGGAAGGUGGGAUGUGGUGUUCCAGGACUGUUGAAGAGGGAUGCAUCAUCAUCGCCUCGAGUGAUCAGACUAUCAAGUUCCAUGAAGUGUGGACAGGACGGAGAACAAGUACUGGUUCUGCCAGUGGCCUUUUUGGUGGAAGUGCCAUUCUCGAAGGUUUGGAAGGCAUUGAGGAGUGUGGUGGGGAAGUCAUUCGCUAA